GUCCACACUCACCCCACCCCACCCCACCCCUGUCCCACAAACAGAGCUACAGUCCCCUACUAAAACAACUACUAUUCAGUUGCAUUCCACUCCCUUAUUACUACUACAACAAACAACUACUGUAAAGCAUAUAGAACACACACACACACCCACUACCGAAUGAUCUUCCUCUCUCAUACUUUCUUUUCCUGCCAAAUUUACAGAGCCUUGUUCUGUGUGUAUUGAAGCGGGAUUGGGGACAACUUCGUCAGCAUUUGCAGAACUGGGUCACUGACAAUUUUAUUAUUAUCUUGAGAUUUGAGAAAAGUUGAAGCCCAGAAACAAGCAAUUUUUUUGCUUUUUCUUGGAAGAUCAACAUUCAACACUCUACAUAGAGAGGUGGAGUUAAGGCAAAGGCGGCUAGAAUUUAAUUCUCAGGAGGGCAUUUAAUUCCCUUUAUUUUUUUUGGCUUGUGAGUUGGGUGAAGUGAAGUCAGCCCUCCAAGUCUAACUGUGUGGACUAGGAAACGUCAUCACCUCAUCAAUGUGUUAUGUGUGUGAUUGAUUAUAGUCGUACCUCUACAAGUCUACUGCUUACUGUUCAGUAGUUGCUACCAUUUAUUACUAAUAUUGUAUUUAUGUAUUAGAAGCAGUGCAUUUGCUGUGAAGAAGAAAUGGGGAUAAUAUAUUAGUAUGCUCGCAAAACCAACUGAGAUGAUGAGGAAAGAUUUUAUUUUGUGGUGAUUUUGGUGCUUGAUUUCUUGGAUAAGUUUAUGCAUCUGGGUAAUUAGUCUGUUCUGCUCUGUUCUUGGGGAGGGGGCUGAGAAAGGUUAUAAAGUUUAGUUCUUUUUGUAUAAUUUAAAUGCUCUUUUCAGGUGUUCAUUUUCGGAGCCCAGAUCACGUUGUUGCAGGGUCUUGUUAUUUUCAUAGUUUUUAAAGCCGGUUUGAGGGAAGUAGUGUUGAUUUUUUGGUUCAUUUGAGAAUCUGCUAAUUCAAAGGGACUCUGUUUUGUGGGGAUUGUGGAAAGGUUAAGCUAAGCUCUGGUUUCUUCAAGUAGUGAUUCUGGAAUUUGGAGAGCUGUCUGGAUAAAGGGGUAUUGAGUUUGCUCUGGUGGAGAAAUGAAGUUUAUGAAAUUGGGUUCCAAACCUGAUGCCUUUCAAGUUGAAGGGAACUGUAUAAGGCAUGUCUCGGCUGAACUAUUGACUGAUGUCAUCAUAGUGAUUGAGGAAAUUAGAUUUUAUCUUCAUAAGUUCCCUCUCUUGUCAAAGAGUGAUCUCCUCCAAAAACUUGUGUCUAAAGCCAGUGAGGAGAAUGCAGAUGAAAUUGAACUGUCCAACUUCCCUGGUGGACCAAAAGCAUUUGAAAUAUGUGCCAAGUUUUGUUAUGGAAUAACAGUUACUCUCAACCCAUAUAAUGUUGUAGCAGCUCGUUGUGCAGCUGAGUACCUUGGAAUGACUGAAGAUAUUGACCGAGGAAAUCUUACUUUCAAGAUCGAAGUGUUUCUCAACACCAGUGUCUUCCGCAGCUGGAAGGACUCAAUCAUUGUAUUACAAACCACUAAGUCUCUACUUCCUUGGUCUGAAGAUCUGAAGAUUGUAGGGAGAUGCAUUGAUUCUAUUGCAUCUAAAACCUCUGUGGAUCCUUCAAACAUAACAUGGAGUUACACUUAUGCGCAUAAGCCUGCAACAAAAGAGAGGAUAUUUGAGGAAGGGGUGAAAGGCCCAUGUUCAGUGCCAAAGGAUUGGUGGAUAGAGGAUGUUUGUGAACUUGAAGUUGAUCUCUACAAGCGAGUAAUGCUUGCAAUCAAAGCCAAGGGACGUAUGGAAGGUAAAGUCAUUGGAGAGGCAUUAAGGACUUAUGCUAUGAGAUGGUUACCGGAUUCCAUAAGUGAUUUGGUAUCUGAAGUCCAUAAUAAGAGGAACAGAUCUUUAGUUGAAACAAUGAUUUGCCUACUGCCCUCUAGCGCUGGUUGCUCCUGUAGUUUCUUGCUUAAACUACUGAAAAUUGCUAUUCUUGUUGAAGCAGAUGAUGCCUUAAGAGAGAACCUAAUAGAUAAUAUCAGCUUUAAGUUGGAUGAAGCUGCUGUGACUGAUUUGCUAAUCCCGGCAAGAUCUCCCCAAACUACAAUUUAUGAUGUAGCACUUGUCAAAGGCCUGGUGAAUCGAUUUGCAACUCGGGCCAAAAAUAAUCAGAAGUUUAGUGUGUAUGAGAAAAGUGACAGUGGGGUCCCGGACUUUGUAUUGGCGCCUGCAAAUUGGUUAAAUACUACCAGACUGGUUGAUGAUUUCCUAAAAGAAAUUGCCCCUGAUCCAAACCUUACACUUUUGAGCUUCAUUGAAUUAGUUCAGAUGGUUCCAGAGACGGCAAGACCUAUUCAUGAUGGAUUGUACAGAGCCAUUGACAUGUAUCUGAAGGGUCAUCCAACCUUGACAAAGGCUGAAAGGAAGAAUCUCUGUGGCUUAAUGGAUGUCCAGAAAUUGACUCCUGAUGCAUCUAUGCAUGCGGCACAAAAUGAUAGGCUGCCUCUUCGGGUUGUGGUGCAAGUCCUGUACUUCGAGCAACUUAAAUCAACUGCAAGAGUGAAUGCAAUGAACACUCCCAAAAAUGAUGCAUCAGAAACAACAAUGAUAACAACAAAAACUGAAGAACGUGACAGAAUACCACCCAAAAUUCGCAAAUCCUUAUCAGUGCGAAUGGAUCAAAUGAGGAUAAAAGACGGUAAUCUGCCAAGUACAACCCAGCAGUUGGAUCGAAAAGGGAGUAAACGUGUUGGUACUGGAGUGCCGCAGUUGCUACCAUCUCGCUCUCGAAGGAUCUUUGAUAAACUGUGGGGUGUUGGUAAAUUACUAAAUGGAAAUGUAGAGAAUAGGAGCUCUGACACAUCUGGUAGUUCUCAGAGUCCGCGGUCGAUUAUUCAGGGAGAAACCAAGUCUUCUGUCUCAUAUGCUAGACACAGGAGGCAUUCCAUUUCAUGAGAAAAAACAGCAGGGGAGUACACCGCCAUAUAUGACCUGAAUUGCAACUAGACUUAGUCAUUGUAAGUGCAAAAUGUUAUUAACUAAACGUUUGUAACAAUUUCUUUAGGUGCUGAUCUUAAUGUAAUAACUCUAUAGAGACAUUAGAUUGAAUCUGCUGCUUUCACUUGGUUAUGGAAAAAACAUCAUCAAAUCAACGUGGCUCUAAUAAAAAUAGAAUAAUGAUGCUGUUUGUUGUACGUUCUCUCUCUUGCAUCCAUGAAUGGUCC